UUUCCAUUCCCUUCCCCCAUAGCUGGUGGCGGAAGCGGAAGCAGAUUCCACUCGCCGCCGACCGGUCCAACCCUAGCCCUCCAACAAUGCCGGCCACCGACUCCUCGGCCUCGCCGGCGCACCACCACACCUCCUUCGGCCGCCACAUCCUCUCGCUGCGCCACCGCGACCACGGCGGCCAGAUCCGCCCCGCCCCGCCCACGCCCGACCACCCCAACGCCAACGCCAACCCCUCCCACCCCGCCGACAGCGAGGUCGACGCCUUCCAGCGCCACGCCGCCGACCUCCUCCUCGACCUGCUCCCCUGCUCCCCCGACGCCGCCCCCGCCCCCGCCGCCGACGCCGACGCCAAGGCCUCCACCGGCCCGCCCGAGAUCCUCUCGAUAGCGUGGACCCGCCACCUUCUCGACUCCUUCUUCAUCUGCCUCGAGGAGUUCCGCUCCGCGCUCCUCGGCCAGGGCCCCGCCGCCCUCGCCCGCCCCCCGCUCGACCGCCUCGUCGCCGACUUCUUCGACCGCGCAGUCAAGGUGCUCGACCUCUGCAACGCGCUGCGCGACGGCCUCGACCAGCUCCGCCAGUGGCGCAAGCACCUCGCCAUCGCCGCCGCCGCGCUCGCCCCCCACCCCGCCGCGCCGCUCGGGGAGGGCCAGAUCCGCCGCGCGCGCAAGGCGCUCACCGACCUCACCAUCCUCAUGCUCGACGACAAGGACGCAGGCGGCGGCGGGGGGCAGCGGAACCGCUCCUUCGGCCGAGCCCUCAACGGCGCCAAGGACGCCGCCGGGGGACAGAGCCGGGGGCACCACCGCCGCAGCAGCAGCGGCUCCGGCUCCGGCUCCGGCGGCUCCCACUUCAGGUCCCUGUCCUGGAGCGUGUCCCGCUCCUGGUCCGCCUCGCGCCAGCUGCAGGCCAUCGGGGGCAACCUGCCGGUGCCCCGCGCCAACGACGUCGCCGCCACAGGCGGCCUCGCCUCCGCGGUGUAUACCAUGGGCGCCGUGCUCUUCGUCACCGCGUGGGCGCUCGUCGCCGCCAUCCCCUGCCAGGACCGCGGCCUCCAGGCGCACUUCGCCGUGCCCAGGAGCUUCCCCUGGGCCGGCCCGGUCACCACGCUCUACGAGCGCGUCCUCGAGGAGUCCAAGAAGAAGGACCGCAAGCACUCAUGCGGGCUGCUCAAGGAGAUACACCUCAUCGAGCGGUGGUCGCGGCAGCUCAUGGAGAUCACCGACGCCGCGCAGUUCCCCCUGGACAAGGAGAAGGACGCCGAGGUGCGGGAGGCCGCGCAGGAGCUGGUGCAGGUGUGCGACACGCUCAAGGACGGGCUCGACCCGCUCGAGCGUCAGGUGCGCGAGAUGUUCCACCGCAUCGUGCGCACCAGGACGGAGAUCCUCGACUGCUUGAGUAGGCCCAACACCGCCGAGUAGGCGAUGGAUCAUCGCUGUUUGGUUGGACAUUACCCUCAAAUUGCAGACAGACUGCUCCACCGAUGAAUGAUCGCCGAUUGAAGUGGAGGUAGCUUUCCUCUGCAUAAGUUAAGUUAGCAACUACAUUAUACAUGUGUCUUGAUGCAUAGAGGCCGGCGUGGCCUUAUGAUAAAAUCCGAGUUCGUUUAGUUGUAUUCGAUUUAUUCUUUACUUGUAGCAGCUUGUGAAUCCUUGUCUUAUCACCUUGGCAGUGCGUCGUACUGACGGUCUAACACUAUUGUUUUCUUCUUCGAA